UCGGUUAAAGGAAUAUUAGGUUACGUCAUAACAGCUCCAACUGCUGUUCAAAACGAAUUCGACGAAACUCUGAGUGUGGUCACACACCCACACUCGCACAUCAGGCAAUUGUGGAGCUCUACUUUUGGUCAAAGGCAAACAGAUAAGUCGCGAAAUAUGGCAUCACCAGAAGAAAUUCAACGGCAUGAUCCCUCCACCGAUUUUUCCUCCUCUGAUUCUUCUUAUCAUGACCCGUCACCGAAUCCAUCGUAUGGUGACACCGGUAAGAGGAAAACAUCGGAAAAGAGAUAUGCCACUUAUGAAUUAAAUUGGAAUUCCUCUUCCGCCGAGAAUAAUAGCACUGACGACGAAUUUGUUGACACUGAGGAUCACAAUUCGCAA